CAGGAAUUGCACAAUUAAUUUCACGUUCGCAGUUUCCUCCUACAGAAGUUAUUCUCAAACAUGCGCAGUAUAAUAAAGGAGGGGCAGCAAUGCCCUUUUCCCUGCGGCCUGCCUGGGUGACGGAGCUGCUGACGGGCGCAGCGAGGCUCUCGUCAUGAGCAAUUCCAUGCGGCUGCGGGAUGGCGGCGCGGCCGUCACGUCGGGCCCGGGGUGCCUCUGGUCUCCGCAAGAGACGACGGAAACGGCCGGGCUCGCGCUCUGUUCUUGGCGAACCGUCACCCGCAGGCGGCGGCGGCCCCUUUCCUGGGCCCUACGUCAGCCCCGCGUUUCGGUCAAUUGCGAGAGAAUCACAAGGGCGGGGGCGGGGCCGGGGGUGCGCAUGCGCGCCAGGGUCCCGCUGCGGCGGCCGGGCCGGCGGCCGGGCGCCCCCUGGCGGCGGCGGGCCGUGCCGGUGCCGCCAUGGGCGCCGGGGGGCUGUGGGCGCUGCUGGCCGCGCUGCGGGCGGGCUGGUGCCUCCUGCCGCAGGCCGGCUACCUGCAUCCCGACGAGUUCUUCCAGUCGCCCGAGGUGAUGGCAGCUCUCCUUGCAGAACAGCUGUUUUCCCAUUAAUGACAUCUGGAGUUACCUACUGGGUGAUCAAGUCUUUGCAGCAGCUGGACAUAUGUUCAAGUUGCAUCAACAGCUACACCCUUCUCGUAUCACCUCGCCUUCUCUUUACAAUGUUUUCUUUCAUACUCGACUAUAGUGUUUAUCGAUUAGCUCCUUCCUGGGAAGCGGAUCCAUGGAAAGCACUGGUACUUCUUGCCGGAUCGUAUGUCACUCUGGUAUUUUACACGAGAACGUUUACCAACACGCUUGAGGGACUUCUCUUUGCUCUUCUGAUGGUACUGGUAUCCUCAAGAAAGUCUGCCGGCAGUUUAGCAGAGCCUACAAGCAGCCCUCUCAUAGGUAUUAUAACGACUGCUGGGUUUUUCAACAGGCCAACCUUUCUGGCCUUUGCCCUAAUGCCCCUGCUUUACUGGGCAGGCUUAAUUGUAGACUCUCAAAAGAGCAUUAAAACUGCCAUAAACCACUUUUUGAAGCUUGUCCUAUGUGCAUGUUUUACUGCCAUUGUUUUUGUAACAGCUGAUACCCUCUAUUUCACCUCCCUGGAGUUAGGCAACCUCUACAACAUUAAAAAGAGCAGCCUGUUUGAUGUAAUAGGUCAACUGAAUGAGAAAAUUAUAGUAACCCCUUUCAAUUUUCUUAGCUAUAAUCUUAAUCCUCAUAAUCUCGCACUGCAUGGGAGUCACCCACGCAUUACACAUUUUACAGUCAACGGAAUAAUGCUCUUUGGGAUCUUACAUAUUCUGGCCAUUGGUGCUGGUUUUAAAAUGUUAAAGAAAUAUAUCCAUCAAUUAGUACGGGUCAAGUCAUAUUACCAUGGGCCAUCUGGGCUAUUAGUGCAUUCUGAGGGCAAUCCAAUGUUACUGCUGUUUUAUUUUGUUCCUUUGGCAUUUCUCUCCCUGUUCAGCCAUCAAGAACCUCGGUUUCUCAUUCCUCUCAUCGUGCCAUUAGUCCUGUUCAGCACAUCACAGAACAGAGCUGUGAAGUGGAAACACGUCAUUGUUAUUUUCAAUGUUCUCGGGGCUUUGCUGUUUGGGUGCUUACACCAGGGAGGACUGAUACCGUGCUUGUUUCACUUGGAGCACCUCGUGCAUUCUCCAGAGUCCCCGCACCACCCAAGACAUUACACUCUACUCUUUGCUCACACCUACAUGCCUCCUAGGUCUCUGCUUAAUAUCAAGAAGAGGGACACGCAUAUAGAAGUCAUUGAUAUGGCUGGGUCUGAAGAGGAAACCCUCUGCCAAACAGUUGAGCAGCGUGCAAACAAUUUUACCUGCAAUGACUGUCAGGUUUUUGUUAUAAUCCCUGGUACAGUCAGAGCCACAAUUACAAAAUGCAGUGUCUCGUUCAAGAAUGAGACUUUGAUAUUUCCACACUUAUCAAUGGAAGACCCACCUCAAAUGCCCUUCCUGUUCAGUGGGAACUGGAGAAGUCAGUUAGGACUCUACAUCCUUCAGCUAGGCAGAGAUCAGCAGAGCCUUUAGAUUUCAGGAGAGCAAUGUUUUAGUUUUCCACUUCACUUGGGUGCUGCCUAAAGGUGCUAUGAGACUUUCCUCUUCACAGGCCCACCUUCAGCCCAAGCAGUGGCACUAGGGGGUCUCCCAAGUCUCUUUCUUCCCUUCAAACUCUCACGCUCACCAGUAUAGCCAGUUUCUGGAUAGAACCUGCUUAAGAUCUGAGUUAUUCAGCCCCUGUGGUGUUUCAUAUCAACUUGUGUAAUUUUCCUGAAGAGAGAGGAUGAAAUCAGAGGAUGAAACAAAACUCUGAUUCAAGCUUAGCUCUUCCCAUGUGAGCUUUAUUUUUGAAAGUUCUUAUAACCUCUGACAGAGGUUUGUGGAUUAUGUGGGUUUUACUGAUACUAGGCAUGAACUCAGCUGCUGGAGAGAGCUUACAGGACUAGACGAAAGCUGCUCUGACUCUAAGCUUUUAUUUUACGCUCUUAAAAAUUCGGAGCCCGCACUCAAUCACUAGACCAGACUGCAGCCACAAUAUAGGCAUCAGCGCUGUAAUAUUGCCUUGGGUGGUUGUGUCUUGAAAAAUCACCAGCAUUGAUGUGGUUUAGAACACAGAAGAUGCUUCAGCAUAAGUACUUGUACUAAAUCCUAAAAUCCAAGCUUUGCCUGUUCAGUGUUUCUUGCUACAGUUCUGUUCUUGUGGACGCGCUACAUAUGUAUUGCAUACAGCAGCUCGAGAAUGCUGCAUUUUGAUGGCAUGAAGCCUGUCUG